CCUACACGUCCUUUGCCAUUCUAUGUUCUAUUCCUUGUGACCGUUGAGUCUGAGGCCCGCGCCUGUUCGGUAUGGACUCCUGGCGACCCGGGUCCGACUCUUAUCGGGGUUCUGGCGGCUACAGCUCUCGUCACCAAGAUGAUAACUCGCGCAGCCGCGGGGAGCAGUCAUCGUGGCCACCGUCAAAUGCCGACAGUGGAAUGUACUACUUUCAAGGCAGCCGCGACGGAAGUCGCCGGCUUGAGCCAGACCGUCGCUUUAGACCCAAACACCAAUUUGGGCGACGUGACAAUCGCGACAGAGAUCGACAGCACAGAGAUCGGUUUGUCCCCUACCAACGUAAGGUCUCCGACCGCCCGUUGCUGAGAAUCAACCACGACGGACCUGAGGACCCUUCGCUUUUAGCCAAUACUACUGCUAAAUUUCGCGCCCCCGACGAGCUGACCGAUAGCGAGGAAGAAGAGAUGGCGCAAUCCGAUGAGGAUGAUGUCCAAGUUCCCGCAAAGCGACCCCGGGUUGACACCGGCCCCAAAGACGAUACGCAAGUUUCAAAGUGGUCCAACCCCGAUCCCUAUACUUCCUUGCCACCUGUUACGGCCGUUGAUGCUGCAGCGAAGCGAACAGACGUCGUGAGGCUGAUUCGGAAAGCGCGCCUCGAGUCUGCCGGUACAUCUAGGACGACUGCGCAGCCCGACGACUUCAUCUCUUUCGACAUGAGCAAUGGUGAUACCACUAAGCCCGUGGUCAUCGGCGCCUCUGAUGCGAUCCCCCCACCGCCUCCACCUCACUCCAUCGCGCAGGACAUGCCACCACCUCCACCUCCUCCGAUGUCCAUGCCUUCCGUUCCGCAUGCAUCUUCCCUACCAUCAGUGACGCGAUUCCAGUCUUUCAAAAGUAGCGGCGAAAUGACGAGUGACUUGAAGAGAAAACGACUGUCCACGCACGCAGAACCACCUAGGAAAAUGCACUCAGCCCAUAGCAUGUAUUCAGAUGCAUGGGUCCAAAAGCGGUGGAUCGCUGCCCCUGGUGUUCAAGCGACGCCAUGGUUCAGUGGUCAUGAUUCCUCAGAUCUCCCCGGUGUAGCGCUUCACAAAGAAAUCGUCGAUUUUUACCACUGGGUUAAACCCAGAGAACAUGAAAAGCAAGUUCGACAAGAUGUCUUUGAGCGCUUGUCUCGUCAAUUUCAGAAUGCCAUGAGAGGUCAUCUAAAGGCGUUUGGAUCUUACGCUGCAGGACUGUAUCUACCGACUGGCGAUAUGGACCUCGUCUUUCUCACGCGGGACUAUCGUCCGAAUCGUGUGCCGGACAAGCAGGAGGUGCAGAGUUCUCUCUUCUUCUUUUCAAGACUUUUGAAGCGACAGAUUGCACAGCCUGGCAGCGUUAUUACCAUUUCAAGAUCUAAAGUACCCAUUGUCAAAUUCGUUGAUGCCACGAGUGGGCUCAAGGUCGAUCUUUGCUUUGACAAUGAUACUGGGGUCAACGCAAUCGACACGGCCCAGAAAUGGAAAGAUGAGUUUCCUGUUAUGCCAAUCCUGGUGUCGAUCAUCAAACAAUUCUUGAUGAUCCGUGGACUCAACGACGUUGCCAACGGUGGUUUGGGAGGCUUCUCUACCAUUUGCCUAGUCACCAGUCUACUCCAGAUGUAUCCUCAUCACCAGGGUGCAAAAUCAUCGGCUGUCAACCUGGGGGAACUUCUGCUCGAAUUUUUCAAUCUUUACGGUUAUGUGCUAGACAGAGAUUCGGUGGUCAUCCGACUCGACCCACCGGCAUAUCUGGACAAGGCGAACUUUGGCCAUUUCAACGAUAAGACUAGUAGAUUAACCAUCAUUGAUCCAAAUCGCGCAGACAACAACAUAUCUGGCGGGACCCACAAGAUCGCGGAAAUCCAGGAAUGCUUUCGUGCCGCCCACCAAGCAUUAAAAGACCGGCUUGAGACAUUCCAUUCAAAAGCUGAACCGGGCAGCUUCUUGGAAUGCCUGGUCGGCGGUGACUUCUCCCUUUACGAAUCUCAGCGACAACUUCUACAUGAGCUGUACACUGGCAGCGUCCUGAUCCGACCAGACCACGACGCCAGGUCCUUUACGCGGACUAGCGAGACACGCAUGGGUCGCCCGAGUGAGAGAGCUCAGGUCGAGUCAAAGCAAUUGAGAGUAUGUCGGGAGCCCGCCAAUCCAUCGUUUGGACAUCUAACGCAUUUGUAGGGCGAUGACGACUCUAAGCCAGGCUCGAUGAAUGGCGACCAGGCUGGGGGAAAGCCUAUGUCCAAAUCGGAAAAACGUGCCUUGCGACUCAAGGAACUUCGACCAGACUUGCGACCGUCUAUCGGGAAGACAAUCAGCGCUGUGGAUGCCAUCAAGCUCGGUGGGUAUCGAGAUGCAAUAGACAUGUCCAAAGACCUGGACGCGAGAGCAGUAGCAGCGCAGAGGAUUCAAUCUGGCAGCAAGACACGAACAUGAACAAUACUGGUGGGGAGUAGGAAAUGAGGAACAACCUCUGUCUGCGAACAUUGGUUAGACCUUGAACGCUGGACACGAAGAACUUGAGAGAAGUUGAUGCAAAAUCGACCUCAUCGCUAAUGGUGAGCCUGGAGCGCUUGCAAGCUAGUGUGGGUAUGAUGCCCAACUAGAAGCAUUGGGGUUGAUUGGCCAUUGCUCAAAUGGUGUCUAGGCCAUUCGUCAAGUUGGGUCUUUGCUCGGAUCAUGUUGACGUCUCGAGAAUAUUUGAAGCGGCACGUCCUCUGCCAUAUUGGUACCAUCGAACACUACUCGCCUGGCGGUAUGUGCAAUGGCUUGAUUCCAUCUCUCCCCUUUUCCUUGCCUAGUUUGCUACCAUUCUUGUUUUUGAUCUCAUCACCCCCAGGUAAGGCCACGGGCUCAGUGUGACGACCAUGCGGGCCACAUGCAGGGC